CCACCCGCAUACCACCCGCAUACCACCCGCAUACCACCCGCAUACCACCCGCAUACCACCCGCAUACCACCCGCAUACCACCCGCAUACGACCAGCAUAGCAGCCGCAUACCACCCGCAUAAAACCCGCAUAAAACCCGCAUACCACCCGCAUAAAACCCGCAUAAAACCCGCAUAG